AGAUUGUGCUGGCUCGAAGUUGGCGAUCUUACAUGGGGCAAUGCGUGUCGCGUAAGGCGGGCGCCGUCAUCGCAGCAUCCGGCCAUCACGAUUCGCCCUCCUAUAGAAUUAUGGAGAAAUCCGCGAAAAUUCAGAGAGAAACAAGUGUCACUCCGGCCACCGUAAGAUUCGAGAUUCCGGGGGCGAAGAAUUAAAGAAGAAGACAAAAUAAAAAGAAAAAGGAAGAAGUACGUCUUCGCACGUGCGAGUCCUAAGUAUAGCACUAAAAUCUAGAAGAGAGAGGGAAGUAAAAGAGAUAGAUAGAUAGACAGAGAGAGAAAGAGAAAGAGACAGAGAGAGUACACGGACACACCCGCAAAAUCGAGUACUCGACGUGCUCUCCACACUGGCAAAGACACUGUGCAGUGGCGUCGCGACGCCGGCGCAGUUUACCGGAUCGAUCCGACGUCCGUUUCGUCCUAAGUUUUCUUUUUCCGACGUGAGAGAGAAGAGAAUGCUGGAGUGAGAGGGACGGUAAACCAACAACGGAGACGAUAACGGCGACGCCGACGACGACGACGACGACGACGAAGGAACAAGAAGGGAACGUGAAAAUGUACGAUAACAAUAAGAAUCAUACCAAUAACGACGACGACGAGGAGGAGAAGCGUCUUCAUCGUGCGACGUGAUGCGUUCGCGAAGACGUAAGGAGAAAGAGAGAGGAUCGAAUUAAGGGUAGUGAAAAAAAGAUAGAAAUACUAAUAGAGAUAAAAGAAUUCGUUCAUAGAAAAGUUCAUACAAAUCGUAUCGUAGAAGCCAACUUUUCUUCUUCACACAUUAACCGGUUAAAAAUAUUUUCGAGUACAUUGGCGUGGAAUGACGUGAUUGCUGCUCUAGGAAAAGACGAGUAAGAAAUAGAAAAAGAGAAAGAGAGAGAGGGGGGGAGAAAUACAGAUAACACGUUAUUCGGUGUAUCGAUCGAUCGUAAGACCGAUCUUUGGAAAGUCUCGGAGACAUCGAGUCAUCGAAAAUGGAUUAUCGGUGCGCCACCGGUACGAGAUACGACGAUGAUGUCCUGGAGAACGAGAAAGGGUUGUUCGGAGCCACUGCGAAUGACAAUAAGGGUGCAUCGAAACGUGGCGCUCCGUGCACGCGGGGUACUGCAAUGUCGUUCGGCUUUCGUAGAAGACCUACCACCGGAAUCCCGAUACCGAUAACAAACUAUGCGACGGACCUAACGCUAUUACACCCACGAUCUAAGUCAGCCGGUCCAGAGCAAACUCGUAGACGCGACGAUGAUGUUAAUUACCAGGUCGUUCAAAACUCGUCAUCCGGAAGAUCGACGCCACGACUGGCACCACCGAAAAAGGAAGCUACCGGCGUAUCGACCAGAACAAAUCGUUUUGGGUACAGGCAAGCACAGGGCAGAUACACAAAUAAGGUCGGUGACAUUUGCAAUAGUCACAGCGUUAGUCACUACAAUCAAGAAAGAUUUCAACAGCAUCAACAACACCAUCACCACCAACAACAACAACAACAACAACAACAACAACAACAACAACAACAACAACAACAUCACCAUCACCAACAACAGCAACAGCAUCAGCAGCACGACAGUCACGUUCCUAAACAACAAAACAGAGUUGUACAGGUUUAUAACGUAGCUACAGGAUCGAAGUUACGAGCACCCACGGCGCACAACAGCGGCAACAAUAAUGCCAUCAAUAGCGAUGUCAAUCGAAGAGUCUCUGGCAUUCCCGAGUCGGUAACAAGGUACACAUUACACGCAAGCCAUCUACCGCUUCCUCAGUACGCGGUAAGAAUGAACGAGACGAAUUCGAAAACCGCAAAGACCGUCGCAAAUCAAAGUAGAAAAAUAUCAACUGGUUCAAAGAGCUCGGCUAGCUCGAAGGAAGGCUCAGGUACAGAGGAUUCCGGUGUGAGCAGCCAUCAAAGUUGUCCAGGUGAAAGCGAAAGAGUCGAAGGUUACGAUUAUUUGGAUGGUGCUGCGACAGGUAGAAGAGGGUUUGGCCGAGCCAGAAAUUUAAAAAUGGUAGUCAGUGGGAAAAGCUUUGACGUUAGAGAUGUUGGGGAUGACGACAGCACUGUCACCGAAAUAUCCGUUAUACCGUUGCCAAAGUGCUUUGCGAGUCCUAAUUUAAAUACCGGCCUGGUACGUGAGAGAACAACGCAGUAUCAAAGAAUCGUGAAUAAGGACAAUAGGUACACGAGUUCCAUAACGUCGAUGUCAACUACUUCCUCAGAGGGAUAUGACGAGGGUCUGGGCGAAGAGAAGGUUUACAAAGACAGAUCUCGUACCGAGAAAAUACCUUCCAUUAAGUCGGACUUUAGUUUGCCUAGUUCGGAUGAUCCCGAAUAUGGCCACGGGGAAGCAAUGGCAGACGAAUACUCGUUGAGCUCGAGUGACGAGUGUCAACGUUCCAAUUCGAACUCUACUCAGCACAUAAAAACUAUAUCAGAUGCGGCUAAGAACGGGAAUUUACCGAAAAGUACUCUUCGUUCCGUUCUUCUUACCAUCGAGGAUCCUGCAUUUGCAGCUGCUGCUGCUACCUCAACUGCAUUAAUAGACGACGAAACAUCACCGGUUGAUAGCCUUUUCGACAGUCCUACAGCCAGUAUUACGCAAUCCGAUGACAAAGUGUCGAAGAAAGAAUGUGUCAUGGAACGAUCUGGGAAUACCAUAGACGAUGACAGUCCUGGUACGCCUACUAAUGCAUCCAACUCGCUCAGUUUGUCAGAGGGAAAAGAAUAUUUUGACGAUGAGAUCGCCGAUCAGCCUGGUUUGAUAUUCGACGAUAAUUCGGUCGUCGCAGUUGAGAAUCAAUCUUUGGCAAUUAAUCAAGUGGUCACGGAAAACAGUCACACGUUGGUUGAAUCAAUCACUAAAUCAAAUAUACAACCUGGAAAAAAUGCAGGUAUCAGUCCACUUCAUGGAAAACGAAUAAGUCGUGCUGGAAGCGUCGAUACGUUAUCUCCGUGUGAAUCAAUCGCUUCGGACGAUUUGAUGUUAGAUUAUGAACGCAGCGAUGCAAGUUCCACCGAGGAUACACAUAAUCGAUUGGACUCCAAUCCUGCAUUGCACGAAUUAGACGAUGCUACCAUACUUUCUGAAUUGGAGCAACAAGGCGAGGAAGUGAUGAGACAGUGGACUUCGCUACUGGGCACGGCUCAACCUAUGCAACAGCAAACUGCUAAUUCAAAUACCGUAAACAAUAAUAUCAACAACAGCACCUCGAACAACAACAAUCAUUCUUCUACAGAAUCUGGAAUCACAAAUGGGAGAAAUUCAAGAUUAUUGCGAAGCAGGUCAGGUGCAGAGUCACCACGUUCGUUGGAUAGCGUUCGUAGUCGUCAGAUACCAAGUCCUUUAAGAACACCAAGAAGCAUACCAUCUCCCAGUUUUGAUACGAGCGACGACACGACCAUCAGGAUCGACCGUGCCACCUUCCAGUACAUGUUUCAAGACAUUGUCUCUCUUAAGACUAUGCUCUUAAAACUAAAAAGAGUACUUCAGGAGUCAGGAGAGAACAGUUUGAUGAGGCCGGAGGCUCUCAACCCAUUCGAUAAUACUGUAAAGAAUGGUCUCUUCUACACCCUGAACGAAGGUGGUACAGCGGAUGUUAGCACGUCUCCAGGUAGCGGGGGAAGCAGUAUCGCCGAUGAGCUGACGGAUUUACGUAGACAGGUGAUCUUUUUGCAAGGUCAAGUAGAAGAUAGAGAUAGAACUAUACAAAUACUUCAGUUUCAAAUGACAAAACUCAAAGCUUCGAAUGGUGCAGAUAUGGAAAGUAACAUUCCGUCAGCGAAUUUUAGUAAAUCUUUACUUGUGGACAUGUGCAAUGCUGCCACACAAACCGAAAAGAUACGACCUGUAUCGGCAGGACCGUCGCUUCUGCAAUCACUUCCCCAAGAUAGCACAAUAGGGCCUCUCGUCAGGUCACAACCUCAUGCGGAUGAUUUCAUGCGAACAGCUUCAGGAUUGGGAAGCCUUGCACGUUGGAGUGAUUCAUGGAAUUGCCAACGUCCCUCAUCGCUAGGAGAGCUUAACCAUUUUAGGAACCUACAUAGAUCAACCGACAAUUCGCAACACGUAUUGAGACAGCGGCAAUCACAAAAUCAAAUUGUUAAGACAAAUGCGCGAAGGAAUAUCAUAAAGAAAUCCCUUGAGCAAGAAAAUAGUUAAGAAUCCUGCGUUUACUAAUUUCGUCGAGUCGAAUGACACAUACACGUGCGGUAAAAGCAAAAUGAUGCGAAACCCACUUUAUUUACAAUAAGAGUAGCAUGCUUAUCAAUAAUAUAUUAAAUUCUUUCCUGAAUGAAUCUAAAUUAUAUCAAAACGAAUAGAAUUUGUAAUUAUUUGAUUGUUCCUAUACCAAUUCUUUCUGCUUUUACCUCACGUUCAUACGUACUACUUUAAGUUUGCUAAUACAAAGCAAUGCAAAUGGUAAAAGUCCCAUCUAUUAUCAGUUAAAUAGAUGCGUAAAUACGUACAAUAAAUUGGCGUCCAUUUCAUGAAUCACUGUUCUAUUCGCGUUUAACUCCCACCAUCUUUUUAUUAUAUUUCAAAUCAUUUCUUGAUUGGUGGUAACGGCUAAAUGGUCAUUAGGCAAGAUGCGAAUAACGAAUCUUCGAUUAAUCGUAUGUAAUAUAAAUAGCCGUUUUACUACUUUUCAAGAGAUUCUGCUUAAUUCUGCUUUAUCUCAUUAGUUCGGGCUAAAGUACAACAUACGUAGCAAUUCAAUGUAAUGCGAUCUCAAACAGUAUGCGUAACGUAAUCAAUAUGGGAUUGUAUUGAUGCGGAAAAUAUAUUAUUUGGAAAGUCACAAUAUCACUACUUGUCUCUUACUAAUUGAAUAGAGCUCGAAGAAAAAUUUAGGAAAUUAUACGUUAUGCUACUGUUUCUUUUUCUUUCUUUUUUUUUUUAUUGUACAAUUUUUGAGAAGUGAAUAUUGAUUUUAUACAAUUAUACAGUCAGGGUAUUAUGUAAGUGUAAAUUUGUCGUUUUAAUUUAUUUCAUCUCAUUAACAUAAUUCUUGGUGCUAUUUAACUGUAUCUAAAGUUUAAAGUUUUAGAGAAUAGAACAUAAUACAUUAGAUAAGAUUCUUUUGCUGUAAAGAAGAUAUGAUUUAUAACAUCUCAAAUGUCAUUAUAGUGCUACUUUAAUCUAUGAAAUUAUUAUUGAUUUUUAUGACUUCAAAUAGGUAAACAAAAAUUUGCCCAUUAUACAACUCUAUAUAAAUAAUUUAUAUAAUAUAUCGUAGGGCAAUUUUUACAGAUUUCAUGCUACUAAAUACAGUCGAAUAGAAAAACAAGCUAUUGGUAAUCAAGUAAAAAUUAUUAUUAACAUAUUCGUAAAUGUCUACAUACAUAUACGUAUAUCUCUUAAAAUAUGUGUGUACAAGGCAAACUCUACCUAAUAUUUGGAAAGGUUAUUUUCAUGUAAAUGUAUUACAUCUAGACUAAUUAGAAAUUGCAAAAUUUGCUUACUGAAAUAAAAGUAUAUAUAGUUUUA